CACAGUGUAAAGACUUUUGAGUUAGUCAUGUUUUAAGUUGUUCUCAAAGUCGUAACUGCAGUAAAAUCCUGCUGGUUCUUCUUUUGUCCCUCCAUCGAGUUGUGUUUGAGAUUUCAUCGUUGCAGAAAGUAAAUAGUUAUGGGCCAAUUUAAGUUAGUAGGCCCAACUGGCUUCAGCAAUUAGUUGAAAUGCUGACUUAGAAAAAGCAACAAGACCGAUGAAAAAUGAUGACAUUAUUUCAUCAGGAAGUUAGAAAAUCAUAUAAAAUCGAAAUCAAGGGAGACUAAAAAAAUUAUAUAAUGCAAUCUUUCGAUCUAAUAAAAUCGGCCCUGUUCUCGGAUAAGCAGAUAAUGGAUCUCAUGAACGACAACAGCAACAAUUCACAAGACGGCGAUCAUCAGAACUACCGUGUCGGCGAUAAUGGAUUGGAAUCGAAGAAGGAAGCUAUCUUCCCUAGCUAUGAUUUCCAACCUAUGCGCCCUAAUGCCUCCGCCGGAUUGUCUCACCACGCUUUAGAUCUCGCCGGAUCUGUUAAUUCCACGGCUGCUAGGGUUUGGGAUGCGUCUGAUCCUAAACCGGUUUCAGCUUCUUCCGCAAGAAGUUAUGGCUCUAUGGACUCUCUCGAACCUUCAAAGUUGUUUGCUGAGAAGGAUCGAAAUUCCCCCGAGUCAGCGAUUAUAUCUGCGAUCGAUCGGACAAUGAAGGCCCAUGCUGAUAAAUUGUUACAUGUUAUGGAAGGUGUCAGUGCACGUCUAACGCAGCUGGAGACCAGAACCCGAGAUCUCGAGAAUUUGGUUGAUGAUGUGAAAGUUUCUGUUGGGAACAGUCAUGGAAAAACUGAUGGUAAAUUGAGACAGCUUGAAAACAUCAUGUUAGAGGUGCAAAACGGUGUACAGUUGUUGAAGGACAAACAAGAAAUAGUUGAGGCGCAGCUUCAACUUUCAAAGCUCCAGUUAUCAAAGGUAAACCAGCAGCCGGAGACACACUCUACACAUGUUGAACCCACUGCUCAGCCGCCUGCAUCUCUGCCUCAGCCACCAGCUUCUGCUGCAGCUCCCCCGUCUCUUACUCAGCAGGGCCUCCCACCACAACAAUUUAUCCAACCGCCUGCCUCACAGCACGGUCUCUCACCACCUUCAUUACAACUGCCUCAGCUUCCUAACCAGUUCUCUCCCCAACAAGAGCCUUAUUUCCCUCCGUCUGGUCAGUCCCAGCCACCUCCAACAAUCCAGCCUCCUUAUCAACCUCCUCCACCAACCCAGUCAUUGCAUCAACCCCCUUACCAGCCACCUCCUCAACAGCCACAAUACCCGCAACAGCCGCCUCCUCAGCUCCAACACCCGUCAGGCUACAACCCGGAGGAACCACCUUACCCUCAGCAAUCUUACCCGCCAAACCCUCCUCGUCAACCACCUUCUCAUCCACCUCCAGGUUCUGCCCCAUCUCAACAGUACUACAACGCUCCUCCAACGCCACCAUCAAUGUAUGAUGGACCAGGCGGCAGAUCCAAUUCAGGUUUUCCUUCCGGAUAUUCUCCUGAAUCAUACCCGUAUACCGGGCCACCUUCACAGUAUGGAAACACCCCAUCUGUGAAACCCACACAUCAGAGUGGAAGUGGAUCUGGUGCCUACCCACAGCUCCCAAUGGCACGCCCACUACCACAAGGUUUACCAAUGGCAUCAGCCAUCAGCAGCGGUGGAAGUGGUGGUGGCUCAGAUUCCCCAAGAUCAGGAAACAGAGCCCCAGUCGAUGAUGUCAUUGACAAAGUGGUUAGCAUGGGGUUCCCAAGGGACCAAGUGAGAGGAACAGUGAGAACAUUGACAGAGAACGGUCAAGCUGUUGACCUCAAUGUUGUUUUAGAUAAGCUGAUGAAUGGAGAUAGAGGAGCUAUGAUGCAGCAGCAGCAGCAGCAACCGCCAAGAGGUUGGUUUGGUGGUCGUUAGCUGUGUUGUCUCUAAUUCCGGUUUGGCUGACAUUGUAUAGUCUUUUAUCUCUCAUGUCAGAUUUCCUCGAACAUAUCUUUUGGAUUACCUUGGUGUUUCAUUUGUGACUUCAAUAUUUUUUCAAAGCUUUCCAUGUAUGUUUGAAACUUGAAGCUUCGAUCAUUUAUUUUUUUCUGUGUUUCAUUCAUUUGCCUAUUUGACUCUUAGAAAAUCACAGACCAGUGAGUGUAACAAAGUCGCAGUGUACAGGCUCUCUUUCCUAAU